GUUGAGCAUGAGAACCCCCCUUCCAUUUUUGGUGGUUCUUACUUUAAUAUAAUAAGGGCAAUUAUAUUUGGAUUUGUCCUUUUGACGUUGACAAUUAGUGUCUCAAACUUGUUUUCGAAGGGAAAGUUUUUAAUAAAAUUGGUAGUGAUUUCUUUGGUGGCUUUGGAGCAGGCACUUUCAAAAGUUUUAAUAUUUAUUUUGAUUUCUAGAGAAAAGAGUUUGUUUUAUUUUUACACAGUGUAA